UACCCAAACAUAACAUAGCCAGUUCUCUUUACAACACUCAAAAUCCCUCCUUUUUUUUCUUCCCCCCAAAAUCAAAAUCCCAAAAAUGCCUGCUUUUCCUGAAGAGCCACUGCUAGCCUCCAACCCAGAUCGUUUCUGCAUGUUUCCCAUCCAAUACCCACAAAUUUGGGAAAUGUAUAAGAAGGCGGAGGCAUCCUUCUGGACCGCCGAGGAGGUUGACCUCUCCGGGGAUCUCCGCCACUGGGAAACUCUCACCGACGACGAGCGCCACUUCAUCACCCACGUCCUCGCCUUCUUUGCCGCGUCGGAUGGUAUUGUACUUGAGAACCUUGCAGGCAGGUUCAUGAAGGAAGUCCAAGUUGCUGAGGCUCGUGCUUUCUAUGGUUUCCAGAUCGCCAUCGAGAAUAUCCACUCCGAGAUGUAUAGUCUCCUCCUUGAAACUUACAUCAAGGAUUCGAAUGAGAAGAAUCGACUAUUCCAUGCUAUUGAAACCGUACCGUGUGUGGCGAAGAAGGCCGAGUGGGCGUUGAAGUGGAUCGAUGGAUCUGAAUCUUUCGCUGAGAGAUUGAUUGCCUUCGCUUGCGUGGAGGGGAUUUUCUUUUCAGGGAGUUUCUGCGCCAUAUUUUGGCUUAAAAAGCGUGGGCUAAUGCCGGGGCUGACUUUCUCGAACGAGCUAAUAUCAAGAGAUGAAGGGCUACACUGCGAUUUCGCGUGCUUGCUCUACAGCCUUCUAAAGAAGAAACUGAGCGAGGAACGGGUCAGGGGGCUCGUGAGGGACGCAGUGAACAUAGAAAGGGAGUUUGUGUGCGACGCACUGCCGUGCGCGCUGGUGGGGAUGAACGGCGAUUUGAUGAGUCAGUACAUCGAGUUUGUGGCGGACAGGUUGUUGGGUGCGUUAGGGUACGGGAAGAUGUACGGCGUGGCAAAUCCGUUUGAUUGGAUGGAGCUAAUCUCGUUGCAGGGGAAAACCAAUUUCUUCGAGAAAAGAGUUGGGGAGUAUCAGAAGGCUGCCGUUAUGUCAAGCUUGAACGGUAACGGAGGGACCCACGUCUUCAAAAUUGACGAGGAUUUUUAGGCUUUUAGUCUGCAUAAUUUUAGGGUUGUAGUUUGUCGAGUUUUUCUUUUCCCUUUUAAUUUUACUUUCCUGCUUGAGAAUUGCAAUGGAUAAAAAAAAAAAAAAUUCACACUUGUAAGGUACUAAUGUUAUUAUUGAAUAUUAUUUUUU